AGCAAUUAAAAUAAUAAAUAAAUAAAGAAUUGUCACUGUAAUAAUAAAUCGGAAGCGCUUUCUCUCUGUCCUCUCAGCUCGCGGAGCAAGCGAAAGGUACCCAGCAGAUCUAGAUCCCACUCCCAGUUCUCGCACUUCUCUCUUUCGAUUUGGUUAUUUCAACUGUAAAACCAUGUCAAGAAGACCUACUGCCCGUCGAUUUGCAGACAGUGGGAGUAUUCCUUUUGUGGGUGCAUUGCAUCCCAAGUCCCGUCCAUCUCCAUUGUUAUCCGUCGGAAUAUUUAUUGUGGGAACACUGCUGGUUGUUGGUUAUCUGUAUCGUUCAGGUGGCAGGAGUGGUGACAUAGCUGCUUUAAAUAGACUUGAUGGUGGUGUUUCAUGUAGCCUAGAACUUCAGAGAUUAAUACCGAUUCUAAUGAAAGCAUAUGGCGACAGCAUGCGAAAAGUGUUGCAUGUCGGUCCUGAAACCUGCUCAGUGGUCUCUCAAUUAUUAAAAGAAGAGGAUACAGAAGCUUGGGGUAUAGAGCCAUAUGAGUUAGAUGAUGCUGAUGCCAACUGCAAGAGUCUUGUGCGCAAAGGAAUUGUGCGUGUGGCUGAUAUCAAGUUUCCUCUUCCCUACAGGCCAAAGUCAUUUUCUCUUGUCAUUGUCUCAGAUGCUUUGGAUUACCUGUCUCCUAGGUAUCUUAACAAGACAGUUCCAGAGCUAGCAAGGGUAUCUGCUGACGGUUUGGUUAUAUUAUCUGGCUACCCAGGUCAGCAAAGGGCUAAAGUGACAGAGCUAUCCAAGUUUGGUCGCCCGGCCAAAUUGCGGAGCUCAUCUUGGUGGAUAAGAUUCUUCAUUCAAACCAGCUUAGAGGAGAAUGAAUCUGCCAUCAAGAAGUUCGAGCAGGCAGCAAGCAAGAAAUCGUACAAGUCGGCCUGCCAAGUAUUCCACCUCAAACCGUUGCAUUGAUCAUCAGACUGUAGAAUGGUAUUCCUCGGUAUAACGAUGCCAACAAGCAUCUUCAGUUCUUACGUUGUUAAAUUAUCAUUGUGGAAAUUGUGUUAAUUUGUUUUACAUACAAAUAUUAGACACCUAUAUUAUUGAUUGAAAAAAUUUUGCUGCUCUUAUUUAGCAUCCA